UGUCAUAUCUGUAAUUAUGAGUGUACUCCUUUAAGAGAGGAGGCGUGUGGGUAGGUGACGUAAGCGAAACAAGAAGAAGAAGAAGAAGAAGAAGAAGAACAAGAAGAACAAGAGUCGGGUUACAACGUUGGCCCGGUUGUGAAUUUCUUGGGUGAUUCGCUUCCUCCUUGACCGCGACGCCGGAAAGCCAGGCGGCGCACCGCGCGUGAUGCGGAGCAGUUGGACAUGGCUUGGAAGUCACGAACCCGCAGUCUGCAAGUUUUCGACACGGAGUUGAGUGCCGACACGGUGGAAUGGUGCCCUGUAGCUCACUGCCACGGAUUCCUGGCGUGCGGGACUUAUGAGCUCCAAAAGGCGAAAGGGGAAGAUGGUGCCUCAAGCCGGACUGGUCGUUUGUACCUUUUGGAAUAUCAGCGAGAAGCUUUGAGUCCUCCUCUCACUGAGCGACAGCGCAUAGAAACACCAGCCAUUUUAGAUUUGAAAUGGUGUCAUGUGCCUGUGUCAGGAAAGGUCGUGCUGGGACUGGCAGCGGCGACUGGAGAACUGCAGCUGUAUGCGCUUUCAGACUGCCAGGAAGGCGCCAGCAAUCUGCAAAGUCUGAGCAGCGUGGAGCUGGGUGCAGGCAAGCUGGCUCUGUCGUUAGAUUGGUCCACUGGAAGAAUGGACAGCAGCGACGUGCGGGUGAUAUGCAGCGACUCCGCGGGUCAUGUCAGUGUGCUCUCUUUGGAUGAAGGUGCUCUGAUGACUUUGUCACAGUGGAAGGCCCACGACUUUGAGGCUUGGAUCUCAGCCUUCUCCUACUGGGACACACAGUUGGUAUACUCAGGUAGUCUGCGUGUAUGUAUACAUAUGUACGUAUAUAUGGCUCUCGCUCCUCUCUCUCACCUGCCAGGUGGAGAUGACUGUAAGCUUAAAGGCUGGGACCUCAGGAUCGGUCCCUCCAGCCCUACUUUCGUCAGUAAAAGGCAUUCAAUGGGCGUGUGCAGCAUUCACAGCAACCCACAUCGGGAACACCUUCUGGCUACAGGCAGCUAUGAUGAGACGAUACUCCUGUGGGAUGGCAGAAAUAUGCGGCAGCCUUUCAGCGAGACGUCGCUCGGCGGUGGGGUGUGGAGGUUAAAAUGGCAUCCGACUCAUCAGCAUCUGCUGCUGGCAGCGUGCAUGCACAAUGACUUCCACAUACUUCACUGUCGACAGGCCACGGAUUCACACGAAGGGGCGUGUCCCGUUUUAGCAUCCUACAUCCUCCACAACUCUCUGGCAUAUGGAGCGGACUGGUCUCGACUGUCCCUGGAGCAACCCGCGCCUGGCUCCCCUCCUGCUGCAGAACCAAAGGAACGCCUCGCAGACAGCGGAGGACAUCUGAGGAUCCAGUAUGAAUCCCCCACUGCCAGCUUCGACACUUCCCUCGAAAAUGAUUGCGGGCAAUACAUCCCAGAAGGCAUUGCUCCGCCACCUAGAAGCUCCAAUGCGGCCGACGCCGUCACGCCUGAUGAGGAGAUUUCUUCAUUGUCUUUUCUUCUUGCAAGUUGCUCAUUUUACGAUCAUAUGCUUCACUUGUGGCGUUGGGACUGGGUUCCGGUUGAGGCCUCAGGUCGCAAUAGAUCAACGUUGACCUUGCCGUGACGACCGGCUGAGUUGGCGUUCAAGGCAUGGAUGGCUCAUUUUCAAGUCAUUUCAUCAAUACUAGAAACGAAAAUGAAACAUUUUCAUUAUAAAACGAAAAGAAAAACGGCUUCAUAAAACUCCUGCGCGUUGAACAAUUUACAUUGACCUUCAAACUCUGCCGUUACAAGUGGGUAGGUGAACCUAGCUGCUCAAACCCAUUCCACUCUUAUAUAAUAAUGGUGAAGACAUGCAAUAGUUCUGACAAAGAAGGACCGCUUGUUGAAGGAACCCCCCCCCCCCCCCCCCCCAAUAAAAAGGAACUCUGAAGACUAUAUGCAUUUGUUGUUAGUUUUCAUGGAGAAGGAUGAAAAAUCCGAUACAUCCACGGAUGUCGUCGGCAUCUUCAGAAAACUUGAUUUGGGACACCGAAUUGUAAACACCUUUUGGCAUUCAAAGUUUGAAAAAUAGGAGCGCCUGAUGGCUAACUGGCAAUAAUUCAAAUACGGGGUCAAAUUGAUUUUCAAAAGGAAAUUCAGCGGGCCAUGUCUUUACCGUUAUUGAUCAACUGAUAGGAAAAUGACCCAUAUGGUGCAGAAGGUACGGUUACCCAUGACUAGCCUCCAAUCACAAAUACUACUAGUAGCGUUCUGUUGAAUGCUCCUCAAUGGUGGAGCAAAAAGUUCCAUCAGGAGCUCCGCCCACCCGCUUGCCAUUACUUUUGACUUGAGACUGGAUUUUCAAUAAAACACAUUAUUGAAGAAGCCAGGACAGUAGAAAUAUUUUUAGAACAGUUUAGUAUUUCCCAAAAGGCAACUGCAACUUCCACCAACCUGCUUCUACUGUACAUUUGCACAGUGCUUCCGGAAAGUAUUGAGCGCGUCACCCCCCCCCCCCCCCCCCCCCCCCCCCCACGUUAUGUUACAGCCUCAUUCCAAAAUGGAAUAAAGUUUUGCUAUCGAUGAGAAGCAAAAUACAAAGGAUUUUCUGGUGCAUGAUGUUUCCAAGGAAGCUUUAAUUGCUGGUUAUGUACCCCGCAUCUCAACUCACUCAAGCGUUGAUGUCAUAUCCUGUAACUUGAACUUUAGCGCACAUAGUUCUUGGGAUACAAUUUAAACAACUUCCCCUCCUG